AUGCAGGCCCCCGGCACAGCCUCGCCGCUCAGCGCCGCGCAGGUGGGCCGCCUGCGGGAGGAGCAGGGAAAGGUGGUCACUAGCUGCCAAGAAAAAAUCCAGCACUGGAGGAAGGUGGAGAAUGAUUAUGAGGCUCUUCAAGAACGUCUCAAUACGUUGCCUGAUAAACUAUCUUAUGAUAUCAUGGUACCUUUUGGUCCCCUUGCCUUCAUGCCAGGAAAACUUGUCCAUACCAAUGAGGUCACUGUUCUGCUUGGGGACAACUGGUUUUCCAAAUGCUCAGCUAAGCAGGCCAUUGGCCUGGUUGAGCACAGGAAAAAACACGUAAGGAAAGCAUUGGAUGAUUUGCAAAAAGUCAUGAAGAAUUUUGAAUCCAGAAUUGAAUUCACAGAAGAUUUGCAGAAGAUGAGUGAUGCAGCAGGUGAUAUUGUUGAUAUAAGAGAAGAAGCUGAAAAUGAUGGCACUGAAACAAAAGGAAAACGUAGAACUGCUCACAAGCCUCAUUCAAAGCCAAAAGUGUCAGAUGUUUUUGAGGUACAUUUUCAAGAAAAUGGGAUGGAUACAAAGUCCAAGGGGUUUUCCCAAUCUGAGGAGGAACUGUGGGCCCGAUUGGAAGAGCUUGAGAGACGAGAAGAGAUGCUGGGUGAAUUUGACAGGACACAUGAUACAAUUGAGGCAAAUGGAGAAGAUACAACCUCCUCUGAAGAGGAGAAAGAAGAUAAGACAGAUCUGAAUGUGGUACACAGAGUGGAAGACUCUACUACUCAGGACAAUGUACAGAAAGAAGUAACAACUUCAGAAUUGUUCAGUGGCCAAGUUAAUGGCCCAAGUCAUUAUCACAGUGAUGAUGAAGAUGAUUUAGGAGUUGAUCAUUUUGUACCAACUAUAUUUUUCUCUCAUACUGUUGAACCUAAAAGGGUAAGAAUAAACACAGGAAAAAAUACUACUUUGAAAUUUAGCGAAAAGAAAGAGGAGGCCAAACGUAAAAGGAAGAAUAGCAAUGGCAAUGGACACUUGGUUCCAGAACUGCCUAACAUAAAAACACCAGCAGACAUUUACCGAGUCUUUGUUGAUGUUGUGAAUGGAGAAUAUGUCCCUCGUAAAUCAAUUUUGAAGUCUCGAAGCAGAGAGAAUAGUGUUUGUAGUGAUACCAGUGAGAGCAGUGCUGCUGAGUUUGAUGACAGACGAGGAGUUCUGAGGAGUAUUAGCUAUGAUGAAGCUACUUACAGUGACAACAGUGAAGGGAUCUUGGAGGAGAAAGAGGAGGAGGGGCAGGAGCAUCUUCCAAAAAAACUUUCAACCUUAUCAGGGACAUUUGAGGCUUUUUCUGGAACUGUUAUAGAAAAAGAGCCUUUGUCUCCCUUAAUACCACACCCAAGCAUUGCUCACCCUGUCCUGCCUACCAUUCCGGAGCGAAAAUCAGAGGAAAUUCUGUCUGAGGCAUCAGAAGAAACUACAAAGAGGAUUUCAAAAUUCAAAGCUGCCAGAAUGCAACAGACAAACUAGGCCCUGCUGCCUACACAAUGAAAGUUUGAAUAUUAACGCUUAGUUUCACAUUUGUUGAGAUUAUGUAAAACUAUGUGCAUUACACCUAGUUAGUAAAAAGGUAUCUUAUGUUAAUUUGGCAUUGUUUAUCUUAAUAGACCUCUAUUGGUGAUAUUUAAAAAAAAAAAGUAAACGUUUGAACACUUCAGUAUUCAGUUUAUUUUGUCAAUUUCCCUGUAUGCGGUCAGCACCUUUGUAUAUGUUUGCCUUAUAACAGCACUUGGAAUUACUUUUCAAAGAUUUCUCUUCAUAUGCCAUUGGUUUUAUGUUUAAACCUAAAUAUACAGGUAGUUUUGUACCAGCUGUGAUGUCCUACUUACCAUCUGGACAGUUUUAAAGAAACUUUUCAAAUUUCAAAUUGAUUCAUCAAUUAUAUUUCAUUACUUGCUUUAGCAUUUUAAGACACUCUUGUAUCCACAUUGUUGUAGGUACCUGCUAAAAUUCAGGUUUUUUUCCUUCUAUUAAACCUCUGAUAUCUUACUGUACAGAUCUCUAAAACAGAAUGCUGUGUUCAUGUACAUUGCAGGGAAGUUUCUUUCAUGGAAAAUGGUAUUUUGUAAAAUUAAACUUUUCAAGUAAAAACAAA